CUAGAUGACGCAUAUGCUGGUGUUAUAGUAUACAUUGUAAAUUAGUUUAUACAAAAAUACAUAAAAAUAUAACAAACCGGUAACAAGUAAAGAAUGCCUUUAAGAUGCUUUUGGAUUUUUCUAAUUGGAAUAAUUCUGAUCCUUAGUUCAAGCAGACAUCGAGCAGAAAACAUUGAAAAGAAAGAAGAAGAAACAGCAAAAGAUGUUCCAAUCUCUAAUGAGGAACAAACUGAAAAUAAUUUCAAAUUAGAUAAAGAAAAUGAAUCAGAAACCCCAUUAGAUUUGAAAAUAGAGACUGACAAACAAAUAGACGAGAAAAAUGUCAAACAUGAAAAUAUUCCAAUUAUUCCAGACAAUACCAAUGUCAAAUUUGAGAAAAAAUCAGAAGAAACAGAAAAUGAAAACAAAGAAAACCCCCAAAAUACAACCGAAUCAGUUGUAGAAACUUCUGAUUCUGAAAAUUUGACAAAAUCUCCUGAAAAUGGGAACAUUGGUUUUGAAGCUGAUGGAUCUACACAUGUUACAUUGAAUGAUGAGAAGAUUUCAAUGGAAGAGAUGAAAACAACAACCCCUGGUGUUGAGGUGGAGAUGGUAAAUGAUCCUAAAGACCAAGAGAUAAUUGAUAAAAUUUUAAACCAGUCAGUUGAUGAACCAACCAAGGAAGACGUCAACUUAACUAAGAUUGUGGAUGAAAUAAACAACACAAUCUUGAAUGAUUCCCACACUGAGAGUAAACCUGAUGUGCUACCCACCACAAAUGAUGAUCUUACACAAACAGUUAUUGAACCUAAAACAACGCAUACUGUUCAUUUAAAUAAAGCUGUUGAUUCUGAAGACCAAGAAACAACAACAACAACAACAACAACAACAACAGAAGUUAAAACUGAAGAACAAAAUGAACAAAUUCUUGAACCUAAAAGUAAAAUAAACAAACCAGAAAAAGAAGAAGAAGAAACAGAAGCUGUACCUACUGCUGAUAAGGAAGACACCACCACCAGUAAUGAUAAUGAAGUUGAAAACACUGAUAAACAAGAAGUUAUUGUUAAUUCAAAUAAAACAACAACUGCUAAUGCUGAAGAGAAACAGAAUGAGGAAAAUGUUAAACUUGAAGUGGAUAGUAUUCAGUCGUUUGAAGAAUGGAAGAAAAAACAAAUACAAGAUCGGGAGGAAGCAGCAGUGAAAGUAACGAGUCAAAGUCCUCCUCGAGCGAUAAGAACAAAGAAAACACAAGUUAAUUACGCAUCCCAAGAUUGUGGAGCAAAAAUUUUAACUCAAAAUCCUGAAGCUAAGCAUGUAUCAGCAAUAUUAGAUGAGAACAAAGACAUGUACAUGUUAAACCCAUGUUCUGCUAACAUAUGGUUUGUUGUGGAACUAUGUGAACCUAUUCAGAUCCGACAACUACAAGUUGCCAACCUUGAGUUAUUUUCAUCUGCCCCCCAUAUCUUUGAUAUUUCUAUAAGCGAGCGUUACCCUGCUAGAGAAUGGCGCCCUCUGGGGACAUUUGAGGCAAGAAACGAACGAACUGUUCAAACUUUCGCUCCACCAAGAGAAGAACUUAUGUUUGCCAAGUAUAUUAAGUUUGAGAUGAAGAGUCACUUUGGGAAAGAGCAUUUCUGUCCUCUCACCCUCAUUCGUGUCCUUGGAGUCUCUAUGGUGGAGGAGUAUGAGGAAACCGAGGAUAAAAAUAAUGAGAAGAGUGAGAUGGGGAGGGAGAGUGGGGAGCAAAAAAUCAUUAAAAACAUCCAUGAUGACGAUGUUGUUAAUGAGGAUGGUAAAGAAAGUGGAUCGAUUGAAAAGAUGUUUAAGAUUAUGAAGAAUGCAGUCGGUACGUUGCUAGGCAAUGGCGGAAGUGAACAGAAUACGACAAACGAAACAAACAUUUCCAAUGAAACUUUGGAUGAAAAAACAAACAAAACAGAAGAAGAUGAUAAAAUUGAUCCGAAAUGGGAAUCCCCCGUUACCUUAGUAACAAACAAAUCUGAAGUUGCUCCUCCCGUGCUCCGGAAGACACCCAUCGUAACAUUAGUGGAGACGGGAGAUGGACAAGAGGUUUUGAUGGAAGAAGAUUUCAAUCCUCAUCUUCAUUCGUUAAGGUUUCUCGAUAAAAUAUCUCGGGAUAAAUUCACGGCUCAUCUAUGUUGGUUCCUGGAGCUUAUAUACAGAGUAUCAGUGAUGUCAUGCAUCAUGCAACCAUACAACAACCAGACAUCUGCUGAUCCUUCUCUUUAUGCAUAUGUGCUGCAUAAGAAAGUCAACCAAGAACAGCAAGUUCCACCCAAAGUGACAGAAUUCAAAGAAAAAUCAAAAGAUUUCGUGAAAAUUGAAGAAGUACAAAAGGCUGCACCACUGGAUGAUGCUGUUGAGCCUAAAAAGAUUAAAAUUUUUACGAAAAAUCAGAAAAUUUAAAUGAAAAUAAUAAUAAUAAUAAUCAACCUGAAAAACCGGUAAAAAUUCAGAUUAAACUUGAAAAACCUGCAGAAACUGACGAAGAUUUGGUUAAAACAACAAAUAUUCCUGAGAAUAACAACACCACGCAGGUUAAUUCAACAUCUGAAAAAGUUACGGCACAUGAGGUACCAACAGGGGGUUUGUUGGUGGAUGAAGCACCGACAGUUCAUGACAUCUUGCAUGUUAAACUUGACGAGAAAUGCGAAAAACCUCAUUCAGAAGCAGAAAAACCAAAUGUUUCUGAUACAAUUUCACAAUCUCAACCAGAACCUGUUGCUGAUGAUGUCAGUGAUGAUGUAAUCACUGAUGACAUCACUGCAGUAAAAGAUGUUGUUCUAGUUGAUGAUGUCACCAAUAAUGAUGUCACUACCAAUGAUCUCAUCAAUGACUCAGCAAAAAUCAAGGUGGUUGAUGACAAUGUAAAUUUAACAUCUGAAGAUGUUGGUGUGGAAAGUAAAGAGAAGAAAGAAAAGAAGGAGAACAAGGAGAAAAAAGAAGUGGAGGAUGGCAGAGAGGAGGUCCCCGCUCUACAAGAUUUCACUCCGCCACCAGAGGAGCUAGAUACAAAGCCCGAAACACCUGAACCAAUAACCGCAAUACCAGCUCUACAAACUGAUGCUGCUAUUAAUGAUCAAACCAAUCUAAAUUCAGAGGAAAAGGUUGUGAUCAACCCCGGCACAAACCAGAAGGAAUCUGUGUUGAUGAGGCUGAGCAACAGAAUUCGUGCCUUGGAACAAAACUUAUCUUUGAGCAGUGAUUACUUGGAGGAUUUAAGUCAAAGAUACAAGCGACAAAUGGAUGAAAUGCAGAAAGCUUUUAAUCGAACUAAGACGAGACUCACAGAAACUUCUAGAAGAAGUGAAGAAAAAGAACAAAAGCAAGAUGAUUCCAUACUAUUGGCUCAUGACCAAAUUGAUGAACUUAAGAAAAAGAUGCACCAAGUGAGUUCUACAUUGGAUCGAAUCAACCAACAUAUGAUUAUUCGCCACUUUGUUCUCAUGGCAGUAGAGAGCUGUAUGUUGGUUGUUGUAUUUAUUGCUUGUUUUACAAGAAGACAGAACAGGUUACUACACAAACUUGAAUGUAAGGAGAGGGAACUACAUGAACUGCUUAAUGCAGCAAAAGCAACUUUUACCAACGGUCAUGUUAAGAUGAAUGGUUCAGUUAAAAGGGAAACCAGCAGAGUCAUUGAUGCGAAUCAAGAAAAACCAAAGAAAGAUCUUAUCAUUGUAACCUCAAAGGAUAUAAAAGAUCCAGAAGAAGUUAAACCACUUCUCAAAUCCUCCUCUUCUCCUGUUAUGAUGAGGAAGAAAUCUUCUUUUAAAACAAGUCCAAUCCAUAGGCGGAAAUUUCAGAUCAAGUCUCGUAAAACAAGUUCUUCAUCCACAAAACCAAUUUCCUCUCCCACCCUGUCUUCUUCAACUGCUAAACAUCAGGAUGACACUCUAUUCUCUGCUGCUACGUUUCAAAUUGGGAAAAAGAAAAAAGGCAGCAAGCAUUUGUCCCUAAAAACUGAAGUCCCAAAAAGUGGGAAUGCAUUUUCCUUUGACACAUACUCUGACCAUGCAGUUGCUCCUAUCUGUGCUAAAAGUAUAAGCCCAUGGAAUAACACCAGCACCAUUUUAUCAGGAAAGGCAAGAUAAGAUGUAUAUGGAGUUAUUUCCUUGGUAUUAUUAUUAAUUUUUUUUCUGUUUUAGUUACGUUUACGCUACAGUGCAACUUUCAAUAGUCAAUGCUCUUAUGCAAAAUAUAGAAUGUAGUUCUUUGUUCACCAUAAGUAUAAAUGUUUUUACACUUGAAUAAUGUAGACCAUGGUGCACUGUAGUGUAAACAUCUACUGAGUUUCAUGUAGACUCCAUUACUGUGCCCUUUUUACAUUUAUUAACUUGUAUUAUUUAGUGGUGUUUAACAUAUAGUGGGCUUGGUUUUACUACUAUAGUUCCCAACUUAUUACUACCACAGAGACAACAGGGUAUAAGGUGCCACUGCAAAACCAUGUGAAAACGUCCUGUUUUGUUUGUGCAAUGAUGAAGCUUUGCACAGCUAUGUAACUGCUUUUACACUUUAGCAUUAUAUGUACUGUGCUACAUUCCUGUGUGCAGUUAUAACGUUGGGACAGUUAGGUUUUAUACAUGCUAUUAUUGGUACCAUCGGUAUUUUCCACUCAUUUUACACCUAUUUAUUGAUGCUACUGGUGCAGAGUAUUUUUAAUAGAACCGCUUGCAAUACAAAUCCCGAACAGUGAA